CAAGAUGAUUCAUCGUCGAAUUGGACGGUUUCCGUUUCCAAUUUGAGUUGUAAAAGAUCCGGCUGUCUUUCUGAUUCGAGCCAAGUCGACGACGAUCCCUAAUCGGCGUUCCCGGCCUUCACCUGCUUUCUCCAACCUUCCAUCAAUCUUAUCUGCGCCUCUCGCUUCCAGCUGCUUCAUUGCUCAGCCAAAAUCCAUGGCGGAAUACGGGGGACAGAAGCCGGACAGCUACGCGCCCUCGGCGCCUCCGAUGCCGGACUCGUUUUCCGCCACCCUCCCUUCAUCGGGGGAACGCGGCCACCCUCCACUACCGCCAUCCUACAGCUACCCCUACCCUUCCCCCUCCGCUUCUCCCUGGGACAGCGGCGCUGGCGGUGGUUACUUCCCACCAGGCACUCCUCCCGAGGUCGUACGGAGCUUCCAGGCCGUCGAUCGCGAUAGGAGUGGCUUCAUUGACGAAUCGGAACUCCAGGCGGCGCUCUCAAGUUCGUACCAUAGAUUUAGCAUACGAACGGUCCGGUGGCUUAUGUUUCUCUUCAAGAAUCCCAGCAACACUACCAAGAUGGGGCCUAUUGAAUUUGCUUCUCUUUGGGCUUGUCUCGGGCAAUGGCAGGCUAUCUUCUACAUGUUUGAUAGAGAUCGUAGCGGCAAAAUAAAUUCCGUUGAAUUAAGGGAUGCUCUAAUUAGCCUUGGAUAUGCUGUUCCACCUUCUGUCAUUCAGCUUCUGGUGUCCAAUUACGCAGAAGCAAGUGCCAGGGGUGAGCUAAACUACGACAACUUUGUAGAGUGUGGAAUGAUUGUGAAGGGAUUAACUGAAAAGUUCAAGUCGAAAGAUCCAAGAUACACAGGAUCUGCAACUUUUUCCUAUGAAGAUUUUAUGUCAAUGGUAAUUCCAUUUAUUGUCCCAUAAAUUAUAUUUAGGGUACACUGAAUUUGUGGUCUGCAUGUGGGGGCAAACGACAGACGUAAUUGGGGAUGUAUCUUGGUGUAGGGUCUCUAUAUUCUUUAUGACUUGCGGAUGUGUGUGGAUAUGUGUUUUUGGGGGAUGUAGCUGGAUAAAUUGUGGUCGUUUGAGGUAUGUAUCUUGUAGGGUUUGUAAAUCGAUCUCUAGUUGCUUGGAUGAUUUUAUAUUGGCUUUCUAUUAUAUUGUUCAAUAGUUUUGACUUCA